AUGUCGACCCUCUUUGGCGGCGGCGGUGCAUCCGCGUCCGCCGGUGCGGCGAACACCACAGGCGACAUCUCAAAAGAUGUAGCGCUCAAUCAGCCUCCCGAGGACGGUAUCUCGGAUAUGGCAUUCUCGCCGGCUUCCGAUCAUUUGGCUGUCGCAUCGUGGGAUAAGAAGGUCCGCAUCUACGAGAUCAACGAGCAGGGCCAGAGUGAAGGAAAGGCUCUUUUCGAGCAUGAGGCUCCUGUCUUGAGCUGCUGCUGGGCUCCGGAUGGUUCCAAGGUCGUCGGCGCCGGUGCUGACAAGGCGGCUCGCAUGCUCGACCUCGGCGCUGGAGCAACUACCCCCGUACAGGUCGCUGCGCACGAUGCACCCAUCCGAAGCUGCCAUAUGAUUCCCAACCCGACAGUCGGCGGAAGUCCGCUCCUCAUCACCGGCUCCUGGGACAAGACUGUGAAAUACUGGGAUCUCCGACAGUCCAACCCCAUUGCGCAGAUUGAUUGCCAGGACCGUGUGUACACAAUGGAUGUCAAGAACAAGUUGCUCGUCAUCGGCACCGCAGACCGCUACAUCAAUAUCGUCAACCUCGACAACCCUACCAAAUUCUACAAGACCAUGCAAUCCCCUCUCAAGUGGCAGACAAGGGUAGUCAGCUGCUUUGCUGACGCCAGCGGUUUCGCCGUCGGUAGUAUCGAGGGCCGCUGCGCUAUCCAGUAUGUCGAGGAGAAGGAUUCCGCCUCCAACUUCUCUUUCAAGUGUCAUCGUGAAACUCCCCCCGCCAACCGCGACAUCUGCAACAUCUACUCGGUCAACUCGAUCGGCUUCCAUCCUGUCCACGGAACUUUCAGCACUGCCGGUAGUGACGGCACUUUCCACUUCUGGGAUAAGGAUGCGAAGCACCGUCUCAAGGGUUACCCGACCGUUGGCGGCCCUAUCUCAAGCACUGCUUUCAGUCGAACCGGAAAUAUCUUUGCCUACGCCGUCAGCUACGACUGGAGUAAGGGUUACUCGGCUAAUACCCAGCAAACCACCAAUAAAGUCAUGCUGCACCCCGUCGGUCCGGAUGAAAUGAAGCCUCGGCCUGGCGGUGCUCGCAAGCGGUGA